AUGGGGGACACAAGUGACGGCAGUGAAGACAUUGCCACAAGUAUAUCAAAAUUAAGUGAAGCCUUUUCACGGAAAAAUCGGUCUAAUUCCGUAAAUUCCAUCGAGUUUUCAGAGUCGGAAAUAAAUAAAAUCAUUCUCGGAGAUGGCAAAAAAAUUCCAAAAAAUGUGAUAAGAAAUAAUACAAAUAAACAAACGUUCGAAGAUAAAGAUAACGACGACGGUAAUAAAAGUGAGCAAAUACCGGGGAAUCUCGAAAAGUUCAACUACGGCAAGCGAAUGCGAGGCGAUAUGUCACCAGGGGAGGAAAACAAAAAUAAAAGAGCAUGUGAAGGACCAAUAAUAGAUUUACCAGAUAUAGCAACAAAACCAAUUCAAGAAGAACCAGACAUAAAAAUGAGCAACAUCCUUAGGGAUAUGUUUGAAGCUCUAGAUAAAAUUCAAUCACACCAGUAA